AUGGGGGAAGCAUGCUCAGAGAAACUGGAGGACCGGCCCAACGGAACCGCCCUCCAGCAGAACCUGGACGAGAAGCUCUUCGGGCAGCACCUGGCCAAGGAGGUGGUCCUCAAGGCGGUGACCGGCUUCGUCAACAACCCGAGCCCCAAGAAGCCCCUGGCCCUCUCGCUGCACGGCUGGGCCGGCACCGGAAAGAACUUCGUCAGCCAGAUCCUGGCCGAGAACAUCCACAAGCUGGGGCUGAGGAGCCGGUUCGUCCACCUCUUCCUCGCCACCCUCCAUUUCCCGCACGAUCACCACCUUCAGCUGUAUCAGGACCAGUUGCAGAAGUGGAUCCGGGGGAACGUGAGCGCUUGCGCCAGGUCGGUCUUUAUCUUUGAUGAAAUGGACAAGCUGCACCCGGGGCUGAUUGAUGCGAUCAAGCCAUUCCUUGACUACUACGAGCACAUUGAUGGCGUAUCCUACCGAAAAGCCAUCUUUGUCUUUCUCAGUAAUGCAGGGGGUGAUCUCAUCACUAAAGUGGCUUUAGACUUCUGGAGGAGAGGACAGAGCAGGGAAGAGAUCCAGCUGAAAGAUCUAGAACCGGUGUUAUCGGUGGGCGUUUUCAACAAUAAGCACAGUGGUCUCUGGCACAGCAGCCUCAUUGACCGGAACCUCAUUGAUUAUUUUGUGCCUUUUCUACCCCUGGAGUACAAACACGUGAAAAUGUGCAUUCGGGCAGAGAUCAAGUCCCGCGGCGAUCCUAUCGAUGAAACCAUCGUCCAAAUGGUAGCGGACGAGAUGACGUUUUUCCCAAAAGACGAACGGAUCUUUUCCGACAAAGGCUGCAAGACAGUACAGGCCAAACUGGACUUCUAUUGAGCUUAUCUGAUAUAUUUUUUUAAUACUCUAACCCGGGAAGCAAGAAGGGGACACAUUUUUGAAGCCAUCUCCUCUCCUUCCUUGAAGCACUUUUAACUCUUAAAAAAAAUCAUAAUCUGUGGACAUGCACUUUUUAAGUUUUCGGGAACAUCUAAGAGUUUGGAGGGGUUAUGAAUGCUUUUCUCAUAGUAUUUUUCCCCCCUACAUGUGCACCGUCAGCAAAAGAUUGUUGUACUUGCUUUGUGGGUGAAUCUGUACAAAUACAGUAGGACCUCCAUAUCCGUGAGAAAUUGGUUCCAACGCCCCGUGCGGAUUCCAAAAAAUGCCGAUUAUAGCAAACACUAUUUUACUAGCAAACACAGUCUGUCUCCUUCUAAUGGCCAGUACUGAUAACUUCAAAAAUAUAUAUUUCUAGGAUUUUUCUUUUCAAGUUUUCAGAUUGUGGAUAAACAAAUCAGUGGAUACUGAUCCCGCAGAUAAGGGGGUCCUACUGUAUUACACCUCUGAUUAGAUUUUGCCUGCAGAGUAUUGGAAUUGAGUUGAAAUGUUUUUUUCCUUUCCCUGUUUUCAACUAAGACUACCUAAAUUCUGUUACGUGAUCCCUCUUCCCACCUCUUUUAGAAGGGGGUCAACAGGGGAUAAGAAUGCCUUCGGUUGUAUUAUUUUAGGUUGUACCACGGGACUAAUUCUAUGUGUAGGGCACCACUUCCAUAGAAGCGUGGAGUUGGAAGGGGGACCCUUAAGGCCGUCGAGUCCAACCCCCUGCUCAAGGCAGGAAUCCGAGUCCAAGCAGAGCUGACCCAAGGGUGCUCGUUUUCUCCAGCGUUGGGAGUCCUCGCCACCACCUCCCAAGGUCAUGGAUCCCAUUGUCCUACUGCUCUAACAGUUGAGAUCCCCCCCCCCGCUCCCCCAGAUCUUCAGCCUAAAUCUGGCUUCCAUUCACGGAGGAGUGGGCCCUCAGGACUUCUGAUCUGCUGCACUUCCUGCUCUAAAGGCAAGGGUGGAGUUGAGACGAGCAUCAGGGUCAUGGAUUCUAAUUCUGCCUCCUUGGUGAGUCAAUCUUGCUCCCAACGCUGCAAUCCUCAAGGUGGGUUUCCUUGAAUGUGGAUUUCCACGUUCCUCUUGGGUGAACGGGCAGGUUUCCAAGAAUUUGAGCUGUUGCUUCUUGAUUCGCUGUUACCUCUAAAAUUUAGGUCAUUGUUCUAGCAGAGCAUGAAAUAUAAUUUGAUUCUUGGUUUUACUCUUAUGGCUCACCUGUCUUUUUAAUAUAUGUACCAAGGAAGAGUGUUACGGCAUCUACCAUAACAAACUUUCUGUAGUUUCAGGUAAAGAGAUGGAUAACUUAAAUUUGUCAGCCUUGGCCAGCGGGACCGACAAAGAAGGGUGGUGAAAGUUGGCGCCAAAGAUUGGAUGACUUUUAAGUACCCUUCCCCACAUUUUUAAGUCCCACGGAUAAGAGGGAAAGAGGGCUUUUUAAAGAGCACCAAAGAACUCACAAUAUUGCUGAUGUGAGAGAUUUCAUACGGUGGUUCUUGAAAAAAAAUCUGAAGCCUGGAGGUCUCAAUUCCUGUCUGCCCAGAAUGGAAUUUGUAGUCCGGCAGUAAUUUGAGGAUGUCAGGUUUGCCACUGGUAGCAUAAAGAAACAGCGUAUUGGCAGAUACAAGAACCACAAGGGUUUUUCUGAAUAUGAAAUGUUAAAGAGACUGGGUCCUUGAAAAUAAUUUCUUUUUUUCCAAAUUUCUCUUGAAUUUCAAAGACUUGAUCGCAGGUUGUUGCUCAGAAUUCUGUUGUCCGUCCCCACCCGGCCCAUGUUGUCUAAAUUCCUGCUCCAGUCCUCUGAAUGCAAGAAAUUUUUUCUGGUUAUAAAUAUCCGCUACAAUAAACAAUUUUCAUGUUUCCUUGUCACUACGUGUUCAGAAAUCGUACAGCAGUUUCCCAACAUUUCUGUUCAGCUGUAUUAAAUGCCUUGGAUAGCAACCUUC